UGAUGACGUAGUUUUGGCGCGUCUCGUGGUACAGAGCAGCGGUGUAUUGUUGUGGUAAAGCAUCCAUCUGAUCGCUCGUUACUACCGCUGUAACGUGAUGUCUCAACAACCACAACAGGCGGUGCCCCCCGCUCCUGACUCCCCAGCGUUGAUGGUCACAGCCAACGUUCAGAAAUAUGCCAUGAAGAAGAAGAAAGUCCUCAGUGCUGAGGAGGCUGAGCUGUUUGAGCUGACUCAGGCUGCAGGCAUCACUGUUGAUCAAGAGGUUUUUAAGAUCAUACUGGACCUGUUAAAGAUGAACGUGGCCCCACAGGCAGUCUUUCAGACUUUGAAGGCCAUGUGUGCAGGCCAGAGAGUUGCUGAAAGCUGUGGGGGGGAGUCUUCAGCAGCAUCCCACACCACGAGCAUGACCACAGUUCCCACAGAGGCCAGAGAAGAAGACUCUUUGGCUUCGGGAAAGAGCCCUAAACCAGCUGCAGCCUCCCCCUCAGUGUCGGGCCCAAGAGCCACAAGGGUCAACACUAAGAUUGUGGUCUACGGCCCCCAAGAUGCUAGCUCUCCUCACACUCCAGCAGUGAGAAGUAAAGCUGGUGAGAAGAGCCGAGAGGUUUCCAGCCAGAAGGUGCAGCGGCAGCCCAGCGCCACCAGGGGGCAGAAGACUAAGAGCUCGGGCAGCAGCAGCUCCUCCUCACAGAUCAACUCCACAUGAAGACUCUGCAGCUGGUUUAAAGCUCUGCUUUACAGAAGUUGCAAAUAUCAGUGAACGCAUCUUUCCUUUUCUUUGUUUUCUGGGUUCAUGUGCCUUGUGUUUGGAGUGACGGUCGCCUCUUCCUUCUCCAGAAUUUCCCCAUGUAACAGCACAGAUAACAUUUAGUAUUUACAGCAGAUACUUCCGGAGUUGAUGAGCUCUGGUUUAGAUGAACAAACAAUGUUAAAGAGCUCAGUUUAGGAAAACUGCUGCAAAGAAAGAAGCUUUUUCCUCUGCUUGAGCUUCUAAAUGGAAGAAUUUCUGGGAAAACCUCACAAGUAACAUCAGACCUGAGGAUGGACAUGAUUUCUCUGCAGAUGUGUGUCGAGUCUUAUUCAGAUUAUUUGUAUAAUUCAUCUAUGAAUCCUGUAAUUAUCUGGUUUAAAGGUUGUGGCGUCUCCACUGGCGAGGCUGUUUUCCUCAGGAUCGGCAUGGUUGCUUGUUUUCUGUGUGUUAAAAUCUCCUCUUCCUCCUCCUCUUCCUCCUCCUCCUGCAGGUGUAAGAGAAGUGAUGAAAGCCUUUUGACACAGUUGGUCAAACAAAUAACACUGGAAAAUAUUUUUUACUGAAAAUAAUAAAUGUGUUUAAGUAUAAAUGUUAAAAUAUUAUUAAACUGAAUAAAAAGCAACA